AUGAAGUGUUGGAACUGGGGGUUUGCUGUUGAUCAAACAAAGAAAUGUAGACUGACAGUGAUGAGCAAAGGGCGCAAAAGCCAACACGCUGAGGUCCAAGAGAUCGAGGAGCUGGACGAUGUGCAUCCUGGCAGUCCCUCCGAGGCGGAGGAAGAGGAGGAGGUUGAACCCCCAAAUUACUUGGGGUACAACGAGGUUGGGGAGCUAGUCGAUGCUGACGGAGACAUCCUGGUUGAGGGCGUGGACUACGUUAGUGAGGAGAUCGCCGCGGAGGUUCCUCAUAAAAGGCAGGGUGCCUUGGGCGCCAGGUUGUUGACCUCCGAUGAUAACCCUGUGAGGUACGGGCUGUAUCAUGAGGACUUUACUCCUAAGUCCGUGGCGGGGAAGAACAGGAAAUCUGGUGCUGGCCGGAUCGAACCAGCUCAUAAGGAGGAUGAACUCAUUCAAUUUAAGCGCGAGGCUAAGUUGAAGGGAGGUGCAAGGGACAAGCAAUAUGCUCAGGAGCCUUUGAAUCCUAAAGAUGAAGCUGAGGAAGAGCAGGUGACUCCAUUGAAGUGGAAGAAGAAACUCCCAGCCUCGCCCAAGCCUGUUGAACAUGCCAUUCGCAUAAGGGAGCCCAUUUCACCUGCUCGGCCAUCCCCUCCCGUGUUUGGAAAAAGGAAAGCUGUCAUGUCUGAGAUAAGAUCGAUGUCAGACAUGUCUCGGCAGAUGAUCGACGCUCUGAGGAAGAGAAUGGGCAGAAGCUCUAGCGCCUCUCCUCCGGCCAAGAAGUCUAAGGGCGGUGAGGGGUCCUCUUCAAAGGAAAAGAGACCUUCUGGGGAGGCACCAACUCCACCUUUGCCAGUGCUUCCAGAGGCUAAAAAGGGCAAGGAAAUGCUGGCGCGUGAACCGGCUGGUUCUUCAGUGCAGGCCGGUCUGAAGUUGGCCUACACUUACUCGCGGGCUAAGUCUGCUGCUUCCAAGAACGUGGCUUUGUCCGACACCUUGAAGGCGGAGGCGGACUUGGCCAAGAAGGAAGCUGAAGAAGCCAGAGCGGAAGCCGGAGCUAUUCGGUUGGAGUUGGGCGAAGCCAACAAGAAGCUGUUUGCCGCUGAGAAGAAAAUCACUGUGCUGACUAAGGAUCUUGAGGUUGCCGACCGUUUUGAGGAGACCAUCGAGAUCUUAUCUACUGAGGUAAACAGUCUCCAAGAUGAGAGGACUUCUCUGCGAGAAGUUCUUCAUCGGAUGAAGGAGGAAAAGGAUUCCAAGGAUGGGGAGCUUUCGACCGAGGUGGACAAGUUGAAGGAGAAGGUCAAUGCCUUGGAGACAACCGUUCUCGAGCUCUUCUUUGAUUUUUGGAAGGCCAAUCCCCAGGCGAACUUCGACUACUUGGGCGAUGCUAAGGACAUGUACCUUGAGUACUGCGCGGCCCAAGUGGCUUAUGGCCGAACCGAGGCGGCUACUUCAACCUCCGAUCAGACUGCUGAUGCUCCUCCCGUAUAA